UCUCUCGACUUCGGUCCGGGGUCCCUCAGUGAUGUGAUGCGGUUCUUCUGUCAUCCAUCAUCUAGCAUGCACAUAGCCCAUCUCGUUCCUCCGUGUUCAUGCCGAUGCUUCCUCAUUGCAUUGCUCUCUUGUCUCUUGUUUGUACAGUGACAUUCCUCAUUGGAUCGCCUCAUACAUUGUCUUUUCCCGCUCACUUAAUACCCCCAUUUUUACAUGUUUCCAUGCCCCUUCAGAAUCUACUCUGUCUUGCUGAACUGGGCAAUGCUUGCUCUCUACAUGCUCCAUGGACGUUCAACCAUCCAUAUUUCCUGUUCACAUUGAUAUAUCCAGUCAUCGUUCUUCAUAACCCCCAAAAGAACUCAAUUGCAUCUAGUCAUGACCGUUUUUCUGUUGUUGUUGUAUCUAUCUUUACCCCAAACGCACAUUCCGACGUUUUUCUAACCACAAAGAACAAACUAUGAAUACUGAAAUCAUUCUCACAUUCUUCAUUGUACACCCGCGCUCUCCUCCUCAUCUCCUUGUCGCGUCGUCGUCCUCAAAAUCCCUACAAUUUGCGAUU